AUGGCUUUUCUAUUAAUUUUCACAGCUCUAAUUGUUAUUGGUUUGAGUUAUUAUUUGGCUGUAUGGACAUACUGGAAAAGACGUGGAAUUCCUGGUCCUAUUGGAUUUCCAAUACUUGGAAAUGUUCUCGAAAUGAUUGAUCAUGAUGCACCACCAUUUUUACAAUUCCAAAAAUGGAGCCAGGUUAGUUUUUAUUACUUGUUUGAUUAUAUUUUUUGAAAAUGCUGAACCAUUUUUUCAUUUCAGAAAUAUGGAAGUUAUUUCGGAAUAACAGAAGGAUUAUCAAAAACACUUGUUAUAAGUGAUCCAGAAAUGGUCAACGAAGUGUUUGUCAAACAAUUUGAUAACUUUUAUGGAAGAAAACUUAAUGGAAUCCAAGGAGAUCCAAACAAAGACAAACGAGUUCAUCUAUUUGCCUCCGAAGGUCAUCGAUGGAAAAGACUUCGAAAUUUAUCAAGUCCCUCUUUUUCAAACAACAGUUUGAAGAAACUGAAGAGAACUGUGGAAGAUAGUGCUGUUGAAUUAUUGAAACACAUUGAGAACAAUACAGCUAAUGGAGAUUCAAUUGAUAUGCUAUUAUAUUACCAAGAAUUCACGAUGGAUGUGAUUGGUAGAAUUGCAAUGGGACAAAACGAAUCUAAAAUGUUCAACGAUAAUAUACUUCUAGAACCAGUUAAAUCGAUUUUCGGAAGUGGAAGACGAUGGCUCAUGAUUCUUGGACAAGUUCUACCAAAACCUGCUGCCUAUAUAAUGCGAAAAAUUAUUUUCUCACUUCCUAAAAGUAUUCCUGCUGUUCAACUUCAUAGAAUAAUCGAAGAAGCAUUGGAGAAAAGAAUUGCUCAACGAAAAAAUGAUCAAGAAAAUGGUGUAGAACCUGGUGAACCUGAAGAUUUUAUUGAUCUUUUCCUAAAUGCCGAAUCAGAAAUCGAUAUUGUUUCUGAGAAUGGCAAAGAUGACUUUUUGACAAAAAACAGUGGAAAAGUGAGCAAAAAUCUGACUAUCGAUGAAAUUGUUGGACAAUGUUUUGUGUUUUUGUUAGCUGGCUUUGACACAACAGCUCUGUCCCUUUCAUAUUCAAGUUAUUUAUUGGCAAGACAUCCAGAAGUUAUGCGAAAAGUUCAAAAAGAAAUUGAAGAAGUAUGUCCUGAUCCAGAAAUUACAUUUGAUCAAUUAAGUAAGCUCAAAUAUUUGGAUUCUGUUAUCAAAGAAACUUUGAGAAUUUAUCCAUUAGGAGCAGUGUAAGUGUCAUUAUUAUUUCGAAAUUAUGUACACAAAACGUUUCAUUUCAGAGCAAAUAUGCGUCGUUGCAUGAAAACAUCCAAAGUCGGUGAUUUGAUAAUCGAAAAAGGAACAAAUGUUUAUGCAGAUACUUGGUCUCUUCAUUACAACAAAACACUUUGGGGAGAAGAUGCUGCUGAAUUCCGCCCAGAAAGAUGGGAGGAAGAAGGAAUCACAGAUUUCAAAUUGGGAUAUAUGCCUUUCGGUUCAGGACCACGACAGUGUAUUGGAAUGAGAUUGGCCUACAUGGAAGAGAAACUUUUGCUCUCACAAAUCUUACGGAAAUAUGAUUUCGUGACUUGUGAGAAAACUGCGAUUCCUUUGAAAUUGGUUGGUAGGGCGACUACUGGACCCGAAGAAGUUUAUUUGAAUUUAAAGCCGAGAUAUACAUAG